UGUAAUUAUUAUACUAUAUCAGUUGUGUGAGAAUGUGUGUUUAUUUAGUACCUGGUCCAGUUGGUUCAGUAUCCAGUAUCAUGGACACUACAUGGGCUGUUAUCUCAUGGAGUGUACCUAGUUAUAUUCCAUCAGACUAUCCCAUUAUCACAUAUGAGAUAGGAUAUCAUAUCUUAGAGUCUGGUAACUGUUCAAUGGUAGAUGAUGAUGACAUUGAUAUUCAAAGACUACAGUUUUAUAAUUCAACCAUUGAUGAUACAUUUAUUAACAUUACUGGUCUUAAUGAUAUGUCUUGUUAUAUUUUUGGUGUACGUGCAUACACUGAUAAUGGAUAUGGAGAAUGGACAGUUAUUGCUAAUGAGACACUAGAGCUACCCCCACUACCAUCACCUUCCCUAAUAUCAACUACUCAAUACUUCGCUACAUCAAGUGUCAUUUCCUCCUCUGUAUCUACUACUAGGGACACCUCUACUACCUCAAGUUUAAUGCAACCAUCGACAACGGCAUCAACUUCUCCACCUGCUGUAGCAGGUGAUACAGGCUUGUCUCCAGUAGUAUUAGGAGGUGCUGGAGGUGGUGCUCUAGUUGGAAUAUUAAUAGUAAUAGUAUUUAUACUGAUUGUUGUAUUUGUACUAAGAAGAAAGAAAAGAAGUAAAGAUACGUUAUACAUUAGCGGUGGUGCUAGUGUCAAGAAAGAUGUAAUAAAUGACAUACCUUUAUUGGAGCAAAAAACAUCUCUCACCAGUGAACCAGUGUCUAUUGUAAUGGUAACCAACCUGAAGGAAGGAACUAAGAGCAAGUGUGAACAGUACUGGCCUAAUGGUAGAGCCGAGAGUGAAGAAUUUGGACCUUUUUCUGUCACACUUGUUGACGAACAGGUCUUACCUGAUUUUGUUAUAAGAAGCAUCACUGUAAUGAUACAAGACGGAUCCAAUGAUAGUCAUACACUGACUCAGUAUCAUUUAACCUCGUGGCCUGAUCAUGGAGUACCUGAAUAUGGGACACCAUUGAUGAUACUUCACAGGCAAUCUAAUAAAUCAUGGUCUCCCUCUAAAGGUCCCAUCCUGGUCCACUGUAGUGCUGGUGUAGGUCGUACUGGUACAUUUAUUGCUAUAGACAUAGCUCUGGAACAAGCUAAGAGAGAGAGAGUAGUAGAUAUUGCUGGUAUUGUUAAUAGACUGAGACAACAGAGAAUGAAGAUGGUUCAGACACUAGAUCAGUAUGUGUUUCUUCAUGACACUGUUCUUGAGGCAAUCAUUUGUGGGGAAACAGAGAUACCAACUGAGAAUUACAUGUCAACAGUACAGAAACUGAAGGAAACAGGAAUAAAAGCACAGUUUGGUUUACUGCAUCAAGUGACUCCUGAUCCUAAUGAUGUACACUGUAAUUCUGCUAAAGCUCACGCCACCAAGAACAGAUCAAAUAAAUACCUACCACCUGACAAGUUUAUUGUAGCUCUUAAAGAAGCCAAUGGAUACAUUAAUGCAUCAUAUCUUAAUGGUUACCGUGAGAAGAGAGCAUUCAUUAUAGCUCAGAGUCCUAUGGAGAACACUGUUAGAGAUUUUUGGAAAAUGAUACUUGACUAUAAAGUGUCUGCUAUUGUCAUGCUUUGUGGAGAAGAGGAUUGCUGCUUUCCAUAUUGGCUAAGUGGUAGGAAAUAUGAUGAGUAUGGUUUAGAAGUUACCAAUGAAAUUAAUUCAAAUGGUUACACUGAAAGGAUGUUUAAAGUGUCCUCUGACAAAGAAGCCAUCAGCAGGAACGUAUUGCAGUUACAAGUGGCAGAUUGGCCUCAAGAUGGAGUUGUUAGGGAACCACGUACUGUCCUACAAGUUAUUGAUGAUGUUAUACACAGACAACAAAAGAUUGGAGGAGGACCAGUAGUGGUACACUGUAGUGAUACAGUGAGUCGUUCAGGAGUGUAUUGUUCAGUGAGUAUUGGUCUAGAACAGUGUAAGGCAGAAGGUGUAGUGGAUGUGUUUCAAGUGACUAAAGCUGUGAGAAGGAGUAAACCAGGAGCUGUGACUACACUGGAGCAGUAUACUUCCAUAUAUGAUGUGAUUGACAUGUACCUUCAGAUGAACAGCAUGUAUGGAAACUUCUCAAUUAACAAACAGUAAUAAUAAUAGUUAUUUUUACUGUAUCUUUUACUGUAAUUUUUAAGCGAAUUUUAUACUAUUGUGUAUUCCUUUUACAUACAUUUUCUGACAGUAGUUUUAAUUUUUAAUUGUUAUUUUACAUUACGUGGCAUGUUUUUUUUAUAAAAUUAACUAUUAAUUUUGCA